AGAUCAUGGUUUUGAAGCACAACAACCAGUUGCCUAACCAGCACUUCCGCAAGCAAUGGGACCGUCGCGUUAAGACUUGGUUCGAUCAAGCUGGUCGCAAGAAGUCUAGAAGAAUCGCACGUGCUCAAAAGGCUGGCCGUGUUGCUCCCAGACCUCUUGACGGUCUCCUCCGUCCUGCUGUUCGUUGCCCCACUGUCCGCUACAACAUGAAGUUGAGAGCUGGUCGUGGUUUCACUCUUGAAGAACUCAAGGAAGCUGGUAUCCGCCGUAAGGAAGCUCGUUCCAUUGGUAUUGCUGUCGACCACCGUCGUCGCAACAGAUCCAACGAGUCUCUUGAACUUAACGUUCAACGCUUGAAGGCUUACAAGGCUAAGCUCAUUGUCUUCCCCCGUAAGGCUACUAGCCCCAAGAAGGGUGAUGCCGAAGCUGCUGAAGUUGCCACUGCUGUUCAACUCCGUUCUCCUCUCUUCCCUGUUGAACAAGUUGCUGCUGGCCCUGAAGCCCGUGCCAUCACUGCUGAAGAAAAGAACGCCAGUGCUUACAUGAAGCUCCGUUAUGCUCGUUCUGCUGCCCGUACCCUCGGUGCCCGUGAAAAGCGUGCUCGUGAUAAGGCCGAAGAAGAAGCCAACAAGAAGAAAUAAAU